AUGGCCCCUCGUGGGCGUCCUCGGAGAUUCCCAGACGACCACACCCGGUGGCGGACUCAUGCAACUCGUCGCCGAGGCCAGCAGCCCGAUGAAUCCAUUUUGGCCGACACUUAUCCUUUUUUUCUCUUUUGUGACCCUCGUGCCAUUCCUGAUGUCCUAUCAAUCGAUAUUCCUCGUGAAACGAUUUUGGAUACCGUUCACGAGGCUCUCGAUGCUCUAUCACCCCCGCGCGAGACGGAUAUUUACCCUUUGACUUCGCCAUUUGAGCAGACGGCCGACCUAGUCGGUCGAGACGAACCUUCCCCCCCUUUUGACCCCGAACAAGGAGACAUCAGUGAACACCCCUCAAUAUAUCGGCUAUCUAGCCUUACAGCUAAAAAUGUAUCCUCGAGCCCUGGCCCGGAUCUAAGCUCACCAGACCUUGACUCUACCGGCGCAGCAUUCUUAUUUGAGCCUUUCCACCAAACACCUACCAUCUCGCUUAAUGCUGGUGCCACUUCUUUACCUCUUAUACCACUCGCCACAAGCCUUAUCAACCAGCUCGAACAAUCCCACCAGUGCCAGCAGCAUUUUGGCGCAGCACCCUCACCCUCUACCUCCGACCAAGCCUCUCUAUCCACUCUCAGUGGGUGGACCUGCCCUAAUGUCCUCUCCCAACCAACUAUUGCUCAAUAUAGAGUCGAUUGGAACACCCUCUUUCCCAUCGAGCAGCGGCGGAAAGUAUUUACUGGCCUUUCCGAUUCCCCUUUCACACCGGCGGGAGAGCCUCCUGCUCCCACCCUGCCUAUCAAUCUCGAUCUCGAGUCCGAUAAUGUAGGGGAUACCAAAAACUUUGAGGUCUGGCUCGACGUCAAUAGUACUGGGGGGCUUGCCUCGAGUUUGGCUGUCGCUCGGGAGGGUAUCGCAUAG